AUGGCUGUCGCCAUGACGAGCUUCCUGCAGGGUGCCGUCACCGUUAUGAGUUCGUUCGCGGCACGAGAUCUGGGUAUGACCAAUGCGGAGCUUUCCUGGAUGAAUGCCGCCACAUCACUCACGGCUGGUUCACUACUGCUCUUCUUCGGCAGUAUAGCUGAUCUUUUCGGACGCAAAUCCAUGUUUAUCGCGUCCAUGUUCUUCUUCUCCGUCUUUUGCCUGGGAGCCGGCUUCUCCCAAACCGGGAUGAUGCUCGAUGUUCUUUGCGGUGUCCUAGGCAUCUUCUCUGCCGCGGCUGUGCCUCCUGCUCAGGGAAUGCUGGGUGUCAUCUAUGCGAAGCCUAGCCAAAGGAAGAACAGGGCUUUUGGCUGCUUCAGUGCAGGCAAUCCCAUGGGCUUCAUUUUCGGGACGAUCCUCGCUGGCCUCUUUACCCAGGUGUUCAACUGGAGAGCUAGCUUCUUUCUAUUGGCUAUUGUGUAUCUUUGUAUAAGUAUUAUUGCCGCGUUUACAGUACCCAAGGAUACGACACCAAAGCAGACGUUCAACGCACAGACGAUGAAGAAGCUGGACCUUCCAGGAACAGCGCUUACAAUUUUUGGCAUCGGCAUGUUUUGUGCUGCACUGAGUCUUGGCGGAAAUGCGCCACAGGGUUGGAAGACACCCUACGUCCUCGUUCUGUUGAUACUUGGAGCCAUUUUGAUGAUUUCAUUUGUUGUAUGGGAGUUCAAGUACCCAUAUGCGAUGAUUGAUAUGAAGAUCUGGCGCGAUCGAGACUUUUCUUUGUUGAUGGGCAUCCUCGCUCUCGCCACUCUUGGAUUCCCAGUCUUGAGUUUCUGGAUGGCACUCUAUUUCGAGCGGGUGCAAGGAUACAGUGCCCUCAUGACUGGCGUUCACAUGCUUCCUAUGGCUAUUGUAGGUCUGACUGCAAACGCAGUGGCCGCCCUGAUCCAGCACAAAGUAUCCAACAAAAUUCUUGUUGGUAUUGGAUCGACUGCUCUCACCCUUUCUUUUACACUAGCAGCCCUCCAGAGAGACGGAGAUUCGUACUGGGCAUUUGCUUUCCCAGCGCUCUGCUUGUGUGUUGUUGGCAUCGAUUUUGAGUUUAUUGUUGCAAAUAUGUAUGUUUUGUCAUCGAUGCCACUUGACAAGCAAUCCACUGCAGGUUCGCUCUUCCAGACGAUAUCCCGUCUAUGCAGCGCUGUCGCUUAUGGAAUCGUGACGGCAAUUUUCGAUCAUGUACAGAAAAAUCCAGCAAAAUCAGGUUACUACGCCAACAACGCUGCGGAACCUUACUCUUCCGCUUUUUGGUUCGCAGCUGCAGCCGCGUUUCCUAGCAUGCUACUCUUUCCCUUUUUGAGGAUCGGAACGCAGGGUCACACAGGCGAUACUAGAAGAGGGAAGCAGACUGACAAGCGGGAGGAUGAGUCGGAAGGCGGACGGGGUGGGGACAUUGAGCAUGCCGUGAUAACCAAUGCAACGCCAGGCGGGAAGGGUGUGCAUGAUCAAGACACAGAAAAAGUCUGA